CUAUUUCAAAAUGAAAAUUGCUGUCGCGAUUGAAAUUUUUCUUCUGGCCAUUUGUCCAUUGUCUGUGGCGAAGAAUGACCUUGAACAGGCAAAACACGAAUUCACAAAUCUACGAGGUGAUUUAGCGGGCCCAAAAAGGACGAGUGAUAUUUUGUUUCUUUUGGACACCUCCGGAAGCUUAUCCUCAUCGGACUUCAACGUUGAAAAGAAAUUCGUCACGAACUUUCUAAACAUGAUAACAGUAAGUAUUGAAGCAGCCAGAGUAGAGGUCAUACCUUUUGGUGAUAAAGCAAGCCGAUACAUAGACGGAGUCUCGAGUCCCUCGUCGCUCAAGCACAAGUGUCAUCUGAACGAUAGACUAAAAAAUAUGUCUCAGAGCAUCAAUGGUUGGCUGACGAAUACGAAGGAUGCCUUUAAGCUGGCCUACGAUGUCUGCCUUGGGGUAUUAAGCGCUUACAAACGACCCUACUCCUUUGAUAUGAGAACAGUUGUUAUCCUCAUAACGGACGGCUAUGCGACUGUUCCAUUUAACGAUCAAAACCCUGUCAGUGAUGCCCGGAGGCUCUAUGAAACGGGGAAGGUGGAGGUCUUUGCAAUUGGUGUCGGAUACGUGGACGUGUCCUACAUUCGAAGUUUGGUGAAAGAUCCAGCUAAACAAGCAUUUCAUUUGCAAAACUUUAACCAGCUACAGGAGCUGUCUCUCGUCCUUAAGGGAGGUAAGUAGAAUGAAAGAUAAAUUUCCAAUUUGCCCCAUAACAAGCAUGAAAUGCUUCCCGCGAGAGCCAUAUUAUGGCUCUUUUUCCCGGUAACAAUUAUUCUCAGGAUUACGCAACGACAGUUUCCUCCAAUAAAGCAUUGAAAAGUCUUUUUAGGCUAUUCAGAGUACUUUUAGAUCUCCAGAAAAGCAUUCUAAGCGGCGCUUUAAAAUUUGUAUCUGUUUGGUCACCCUAGGGAAACUUGAGGCUUUUCGAAAUUUUGAGAUCUUCAGUAUUAUUUUCCCGAAAAUUCUAGAUGCAAUUUAACAUUUUACGAAAGUGAAAUUUAUUCUAACUCCCUUCUCGGUCACAUUUUUGACUACGAAAAUUUUAGGUUUCCUUUUUUUACGAAAAGUAGCCUAUCCUGGGGAGUGAAAUCUGAAAAAUUAAACUUUAGAAAAUCCUUGGGAGUUUAUCAGAUAAGCUUCGAAAAUUGUACAUGAAUGGAACAGUCAUAGCUGUUCUCAAGUACUAGAAAAUUCUAGGCAAUAUUUGCCUCGCCGAACAUAUAUUUUACAGAAACUAGUCGUUGGGUACCCCUGAAUUCUCCGGGAAGAGAACAUUAUAGCUGUCCAUCACGCUGUCAGUACAGCAGGCAGGGUUUCCAAACUAAAACUGAACUAGAAAAGGAGCUAAUACACGUCACGCAAAUAUAAAGUGUUGUUACAAACACGUUAAAAUAAUCAUUGAAAUACUACGGCCCUGAAACGAAAAGCACACGUAAAACCCAAAAGGAAACAAAAACGGGCAAAUUGUACAAGAUCUUAAAACUUAAUUUAGCAUUCCCUUUAAUAUCUUAAUAGAAAUUUUACGGCUUUUUAAAUGAUUUCCAAAGGGGAAACUUAACCUUCAACUUUGGCAUGAUCUAUUAGAUAAUUAUCUGUGAGUAUCGUGUUGACUUUCCUGCUGGUUUCCCUUGAAGUGCAGGCUAACCUAUUUUGCUUUGGUUUUACCUUACCACCAGCAACUAGAGAGCAGACACUUGAGCUUUGGGCGCGCGAGGCUUGGGUGCGUCGAUGUUUUUAGACUGUUUUUCAAGGAGGGCGCCUUGUAAAAACGAUUUUGAGGACAAAAAAAACCGACAAAUCGUUUUGCAAUCUAUAGAGACUAAGCUAUAUGGACUUUUUCUGUCUUUACUUUUUCCAGAUCCGAGUCCAAGUGGCUCAUCAUAUCAGCCUGCACACUCCCGAAAUUGUUAUUACACGUGCGACUUAAAAGCAACAUGUGUCUGUGACGCACUAUUCGGGACUCACAGAUGCUGGUGCCUGGACGGAUACGUGGGAUCAGGACACACAGGAAAAUGUCGCAGUAAGUUUACAACCAACAGUAUAAAUAAAAAUUAGACACAAAUAUUGAAAGAUUUUUUGGCGGGGGGGGGGGGGGAGGGGUUGUGUAUGAUAGGCUCGUUGAUCAUUUGCCUCACAAAAGGUUAGUCACCUUGUUACAUUGCGACAAGGGAGGAUAGCCAGAAACUGUUGUGGCGACGCGUCGACCGCAGCAUGAUCUUCAUCAUGGUGGCGAUUAUCAGAGAGAUUGGCGCAUUCGAUCAGAAUCAUUGUUAAAAUUAAAGAAUGACAUUUAUUGAUUAUAUUAUGUUGUCUGCUGAAAGGCUAUCGUUCUAAAAAUAUCGAGAACUUAUCGGAACUUUUUGGAAAAAAAAAAAUUAAAAAAAGGAUUACCUUAACUAAUCCUUCUUACAGCACAGGUUAGUAAACUCACGGAUUUUAUAUCAAUUUCUAAAUAAUUUUUUUUAGACCGGGCUGGUUAAUAUAACGUGAUGCUAUGGUGGAAGGCCGGCGUGGUUAAGAAUUCAAGUUGGUUCCAUCUAUCUCAGGUCGAAUCUGUUGUUUAAAGAUUGCCAAUUGAUCACAAUCAAUACAAAAAUCAAAUUUUAAUGAUAUUUAAAUAACAUUUUUCUCAAUUCCUAUGCCUAUGAGCGGAGCUUCCCUAUAAAAGAAGGCCUCAGUAAAGCGAGCGAUAUUCUUCGCCCCGUUAUGAAUAGUAAAACAUGAAAAGAAAAAAACUUGAUAUAACGAAACUUCUCAUUAACGAACAUAAUUUACCAAUCCAUUAUUCCAUCGUUUUUGCAAGGUUUAACGAUUAGGGAGCAUGCUUUACCUUUUUAACUCCCUGACUAGAUUUAUUUUAUUGUUGUACAGAAAUCGAAGACAAGAAAACAAAGUGAACAAUUGGCUGACGCCUCACGAUAGAGUACAGCCGAGGAAAUUCCAUUUGUUUGUAUUAGCUAAGAGUAGUUAAAUACUAGUAAUGGAGCAAACAUGAACAAAACAAGAUUUAAUUAAACUCC